CGGACAUGCUUGUUUCUGCUGAGAGUUCUAUCCUCUGGUUGUAAAAGACUUUUCUACCAACUGAGGUCUUUAUAUUUUUCUACAAUAAAGCUGGUUAAGUGGAAAAUGUCAUUUCAGUUUAAUUUCAGUAUUGAAGAAACAGAAGAUGGUAAGGUGGGAUGUACUGGUCUUUCAGACCUUAAAGGGGAGAAAGCAGAGCAUGAUAUGCACCUAUCAGAAAGCAAAGAAGUACAGAUACAAUUAUCCACUAAAAACAAAGAGAAGGAAAUAGAACUGAAUUUCUCCUGUAAUAAUGAUGUAUUAAAUGGCAGCAGUAUGAGCAAGGAUUGCAAAGCUGGAGAAAAAAAAGUUUGCUGUAAACCAGCCAUCGAACAUAAAAUUCCACAAGAUGUUAACAAAGUGCUGGAAAAUAAAAUUGUUGAACAAAGCUCAGAUCUGCAAUUCGUAAACGUGUCUGUAGUGGAAAUGACAUUGUCAAAUGAAGAUUUGCAUGGUGAAAAUAUAGUGAGUAAAACUGUUACAGCUAACUCUGAUUUGAUUUCUGGGGUAUAUGAAGGCGGCAUGAAAAUUUGGGAGUGCACAUUUGAUCUUCUCAGAUAUUUUGAAGAUGAAGAUGUCAGCUUCAAUGAAAAAAUAGUUUUGGAUCUUGGCUGUGGGGCUGGUUUGUUGGGAAUCGAGGCUCUAAGGCGAAAAGCCAGAGAAGUGCAUUUUCAGGACUACAACAACACAGUGAUAGAAGAGAUCACUAUACCUAAUGCAUUGGUCAACUGUGACAGUACCGAUGAAACUGGAAAUGUUACAGAAGAACCAAGUAAAAAAAGACUCAAAAAGUCAGAAACCCAUGCAGGGCUCCUAUCCAAGUGCCGCUUCUUCUCUGGCGAUUGGUCAAAUUUUACAAUAUUAAUGCAAAAUCAAACGCCAUUGGUAAAAUAUGAUAUUAUUCUUACAUCAGAGACCAUAUAUAAUCCUAAUUACUAUGAAGCUCUGCAUGAUCUCUUUCAGAAUCUAUUGGCUGAUGAUGGGAAUAUAUACCUAGCAAGCAAGUCUCAUUAUUUUGGUGUAGGAGGGGGUGUCCUACCAUUUGAGACUUUUAUUAAAAAGGGCAGCCUUUUCAACAUUAAUACACUGAAGACAAAUGAUGAUGGACUUCAAAGACUGCUUCUAAGUUUGACAUUUAAAGAC